AUGUGUGCCAACACGUCUGCCAUCAUCUGCGAAAACGGACGGUUUGCUGUGGUGGACAGCCAUCCACGGAGUGGUGUUGGCUUGUUCGACCCCAGAGGCACCAGCGUGCUUCUGCAGUUUGCAGAUCUUCAGGACCUGGAACACUACAUCUGUCAGUUGUUUGACAGCCUCAGUUCAGGGUCAGGCGAGCCGUACUUUGAGCUGUGUGGUAUUGAUAUUGGUGGGGGUUCAGGUCCAGCCCUGUCUGGUGGUCUUCUGGAGAGUCACGUCACUGAGCCGAGUUCUGCUCCAGCACCAGAGUCUCCUGAGGCAUCUGCGAGCAGAACACCGGCUGAGGCUCCUGCAGGCUCUUGUGUGUCUGAGAGUGAUGUUGGUGUUGCUGCCAGUCCAGCACUGUCUGGUGUUUCUGUGGAGAGUCACGUCACUGUGAUGAGUUCUUCUCCACCACCACAGUCCCCUGAGGUCACUGAGUCCAGGACUGUGGCUGAGGCUCCUGUAGGUACUUGUGUCUUUGAGAGUGAUGUAGGUACUUGUGUCUUUGAGAGUGAUGUUGCUGCCAGUCCAGCACCGUCCGAAGUUUCUGCGGAGAGUCACGUCACUGAGAUGAGUUCUGCUCCAGCACCACAGUCCCCUGAGGUCACUGAGUGCAGGACUGUGGCUCAGGCUCCUGUAGGUACUUGUGUCUUUGAGUGUGGUGUUGCUGCCAGUCCAGCACUGUCUGGAGUUUCUGUUCAGACUGUUGCCAGUGUUGUGAGCAGUGGUUCAACUGCAGAAACAACUGUUACUGAUGGCAGGAGGCGUAGGACUUCUCGUUACACUCGUUUGUUAAAGAAAUCAAAGCGCUACGAUGCUCCUGAGCUCAACGCUGAUGUGGAGUUUGUAGCUGCUGUGAGGACUGAGGAGCUGGUCUUCUGUCCUCUUGAUGUUGAUGUUUGUCGGACUUUGUGUAGCAGGUUUGAUGUCGACUUUGAGCGGGUGAGUGCUUCUGCGUCUAGCCAGGUUGGUUCGCUGGGUGUUCCUUGCAGGAAGGAGAAGGUAGUGGCUGAUGGGAACUGCUUCUUCAGAGCCAUCUCUCAGGCUGUGAGUGGCUCUCAGAAGCACCACCGUAAGAUCAGACUGGCUGUCUGUAAACAGCUGGAGAAAGAGGCAGCUCAGUACCAGGGCUUGUUGAGAUCUGAGUUCUCCUCUGUCUCCCAGUACAUUCAGCAGUCUAGGAUGAGGUUUGUGGGUAGUUGGGCCACGGAGGUGGAAAUUCAGGUUACAGCUGACUGGUUAGGAGUUAGUGUGUGUACCUUCACCAACGGACGCUGGUUGAAGUACUGUUGUAACAGGAAGCAGUUGUCGCCGCAGUGUAUUUAUUUGGAGAAUAUUGGUGGGAGUCAUUUUGAGAAUGUUGUCUGUGUUUGUGAGCCUGGACUGCAGAGCUGUUAUGGGUACUGUAAAGUGAGUGAGGUGACCGGCUACAGCACCAGGUUGAGGGUGACGGAGGUUAUAGUUGUAGGCUCAGACAGACUAGGAUAUGAAGGGGAUGCAAGUGUUGUUUCUGAUGAGAACGUAAAUAGUGUUGGUGAUUUUAAAGCCAUUGGUAGGCCGUUGGAGACAAAGUAUCAGAGACAGAAAAUAUGGGGACAGAAAAAAACGAGAGGGCAGAAUGGAGUACAUGGACCAGUCACCUGUGUUCCAGCCAACAUCGUUCAGACGACCACCGUGUUGCCACGGUCGAGUAUGGAAGGCUCUCUGUUACAGGUCAAGCUGAAGAGGAAGUUGACCUACAAGGGACACUAUGAGUAUCAGUUUGUGGAUACUCUCCGUGUCAGGCAGGCGCUAGACUAUUUAAAGAGAACUAAUGUUUAUUAUAAAGACAUUGAGUUCAAUGAGGACUGGGUCAAUGAGUUUAACAGGCAGGAAGAUGAGGAACAGGAAGAGGAUGAGUCAGGCAGUGAGGAUGAGGCAGUGAAGGAGAAGGGUGAUGUUCAGGUUGUUGUAGAGGGCGAGGCGGCCCAUCAGGAAGGUGAUCUGCGCUGGCAGAACCUUCUGACCAGCAUUCUGAAACAGGAAGGCAGAGUGCAGACGGUGGAGGAUUUGGAGUGGGCAGACAGAAUCAUCGAUCAUUUCUACCGCGUUGAGUUUCAGCAGCGCGGUUCUCCUCAUGUUCACUGCUUGUUCUGGAUCGAGGGCGCUCCUAAAAUUGACCAGAACACAGAUGAGGAGGUGGUCGAGUUUAUUGAUAAGUAUGUAACGUGUGAGCUGCCCUCAGAUGACGACGCGUUAUUGGAUAUUGUGUCGUCGGUUCAAACACAUUCCAAACGACACUCAAAGUCUUGUCGGAAGAACAAAACAACGUGUCGUUUCCAUUUUCCAAAACCUGCUACUACGCGUACAUUCCUCUGUAAGAUGAAGGAAUGUCGCUGUGACAAACAGAAGCUGAAGGAGGCCCAGAAGAAUCCUGAUUCAGAGAACAAGCUGGUCUGUAAGUGCUUUGAGAAGGAUAACCCGAUGAAGAAGGAGGUCGCAAAGGAGAUUUUGGCAUCUGUGAGCAAAGCUAUCAGGGAGGAGGAGCCAUUUGAUAGUGUAGAGGAGUUGUUUGCCAGUCGACACAUCAACCAGGAUAUCUUUGAAACGGCCUACAGGAGGUUAGAGAAGAAGACCAAGGUUGUUUAUAGGAGAGGCUUGAAGGAGGUGUGGGUAAACCAGUAUAGCAAGAAGUUGUUGAAGUGCUGGAACGCUAACAUGGACCUUAGCUUUGUCACCGACGCCUAUGCCGUAAUUGUUUACAUCAUUUCCUAUAUUACGAAAGCAGAGAGAGAAAUUGGCCUACUAUUGAACAACGCCCAAAAAGAAGCAAACAAAGAAGGAAAUCUCUCUGCUCGAGAAGCCCUGAAGAAGCUGGGCAGUGUAUAUUUACACAACAGGGACGUUUGUGCCCAGGAGGCGGUGUAUAGGCUAACCAACAUGCACCUGAAGGAGUGUUCCAGGAAGGUGGUGUUUGUUCCAACAGGGGACAACAUCGUGAGGAUGAGUUUACCCCUCCAUGUCCUGAAGGAGAGGGCGUCAUCACAUGAUCUGAGCUCAGAUGACAUGUGGAUGACCAGCAUAGUGGACAGGUACAGGAACAGGCCUGAUGGUGGUGAGUUUGACAACAUGUGUAUUGCCACGUUUGCCUCGGAGUAUCGUGUUCUCACCAGGAAUGAAAUUUCUCCAAACAGAAUCGAGUUGAAGAACAAACUGGGCUUCAUCUUGAGGAGAACACGGUCUCAGUUUGCAGUUGUCCGCUACAUGCGUUUCAACUUGGACAAACAACGGGAGGCUUAUUUUCAGGGUGUGCUGCAGUUGUUCCUUCCUUAUAGAAGUGACUCAGAGCUCAAGCCCGAGGGCUUCCAGCUCUUUGAACAGUUCUAUAACGACGGUGAGGUGACGUUUGGCGACGGCUCCGUCCAUAGAGUCAAGGUGGUGGUGGAUGAGAACAGGGCCCGGUUUGAGAUCGAUCCUGAGAACCUGGAGCGUGCUGAGGAGAUCGCACACCAUGUCCACGGCCUUGAGGAAGAUGCUUGGGGGGACCUGUGUCCUGAACAGGAACUGGAACGUGCUGAGUGUGCUGAGGAGUUGAGAGAGCAACAGGCAACAGAGAUAGCAGAUGAGCAGUUAGUGGAGGGUCUGGAGAACGUUCCAGAUCUGCAGGAACGCGGCCGACAGGUGGCCCAGUUAGAGAGAAACAGGCUGGUGUUGUCUCGUGCUGAGGGCUUAGCUCUAGUUAGGUCUCUGAAUGAGACACAGCGGGCUGUUUUCUACCAGGUGAGGCAGUGGUGUCUGCAGAAGAUCAAGCAGACUGGAGACUUUUCCCCGUUCGGUAAUGUUAGUGUGAUCGCUGUGGGAGACUUCUACCAGUUGCCUCCUGUCAAAGGGAAGCCUCUGUAUAGCAGUCAGGUGGGUGUGGACCUGUGGUGCCACUUCAGUGUGGUGCAGCUGACCACAGUGGUGAGACAGAAGGACAGCGUGUUUGCCGAGUUGCUCAACAGGUUGAGAGUGCGUUCCAGAGACACCCCCAUGUUGGAGAGUGACGUCCACAUCCUGAAGAGCUGUGAGACGGGCGAGGAGAGCUCAGCCUUGCACAUUUUCCCCACCAACCGUAAAGUCAAUGAGCACAACUUGAAGCAGCUGUGUCGGACGUGUCCCGAUCCUGUGACCAUUGAAGCUCAGGACUUCAUGAACAACAGGAGCACGGGGAAGCUGGAGUUGAUGGCGGGGCAUCACAGUGCGGCGUUGGACACGUCCUUAGAGGAGACUCUGAGUCUGGGUCCAGACGCCCGUGUGAUGCUGUGUAAGAAUGUGGACGUGGAAGACGGUCUGGUCAACGGAGCAUGUGGCACAGUCACUCAUAUCCAGUUGAGACAGGGUGACAACUUUCCUCAGACAGUUUAUGUCAAAUUUGACGAUGAGAAAAUUGGCUCCCAGAGGAGGAAGAAGCGCUCACAUGCUCCAGUGGCCUGCCGGCUCUCUACUGCCAUCGAUCCGGUGGAGGAGAAGGCCACCAAGCGUGGAGGUUUGCGUCGCCAGUUCCCUCUGAAGUUGGCCUGGGCGUGUACCGUCCACAAGGUGCAGGGCCUGACGGUGGACCGGGCCGUGGUGUGUUUGGAGAAGGUGUUUGCGCCUGGCCAGGCCUACGUAGCUCUGAGUCGUGUGAGGGAUUUGUCUGGACUGAUCAUCAUGAACUUUAAAGAGAAGUCCAUUUACUGCAAGGACACCAUCAAGGAGGCUUUGGACAGGAUGCCUCCAUUUUUGAUUGAGCAGCCACAACCUUCAUUAGACACGCCCACUCUGUCGGUGUUUCUAAUGAACGUUCAAAAUUUAAGUCGCCACCUGGUGGAUUUGGUGUCCUGCACACAGCAUUUGCAGCCUACCUGCAUUGCUGUCACAGAGACAUGGCUCACUGCACAGUCCUCACUGGACGGCGUCCAGAUUGACGGCUACUCUUUCCACAGCCGCCCUCGUGCUCUGUGUUACAGCAGCAGUCAGCCCAAACUGUCAGAGCUGCAGGCUUUAGAACAUGGUGGAGUUGGUUUGUACAGGCCAGCAGAUUCAGACUGUGACAUCCUGCAGGCACCCGAUUUGGAUCUGGAGUGUUUGGUUUGCUUGUGGAACAAAUUCAACAUAGUGAUGGCAGUAAUUUAUCGCCCACCACGUUACCCAAAUUCCCUCUUCAAACAGAACCUGCUGCGGUUGCUGCAUUGGCUUAAUCCAAUCAGAGAGACCAUUGUGGUCAUGGGAGAUUUUAAUGAGAACAUUUUAACGGGUUCGUCAAUUUCCAAAUUAAUGGGAAGCAAAGGAUUUGAUCAGCUGGUGACACAAGCGAGCACAGAGAAGGGGACUCUGAUUGAUCACGUUUAUGUGAGAAGCAGGCAGUUUGCUGUGGAAUGUGCAGUGAUGCCCACGUACUUCAGUGAUCAUGAAGGAAUUCUGUGUAGUUUUAGAGCUAGAGGUGACCAGGGGCAGCUGGAGGAGCUGGACAGGUGGUUUGAGCUGGAUGAUGUGGAGUUAGGGGAUGUUUGA